UCCCGCCUGCCGCCGCACGCCCCGAGCCGGGCCGGCCUCACCUCCUCCGCGGCGGCGGCUCCCGCCCCUCGUCGCUGCGCUACCGGAGGAAACGGAAGCAGGCGCAAGCCAUGGAGGGGAACCGGGAUGAGGCAGAGAAAUGUGUGGAGAUCGCCCGGGAGGCGCUGAAUGCCGGCAACCGCGAGAAGGCCCAGCGCUUCCUGCAGAAGGCCGAGAAGCUGUACCCUCUGCCCUCGGCCCGCGCACUGUUGGAAAUAAUUAUGAAAAAUGGAAGCACAGCUGGAAAUAGCCCUCAUUGCCGAAAACCAUCAGGUAGUGGUGAUCAGAGCAAGCCUAACUGCACCAAGGACAGCACAUCUGGUGGUGGUGAAGGUGGCAAAGGCUACACCAAAGACCAAGUAGAUGGAGUUCUCAGUAUAAACAAAUGUAAAAAUUACUAUGAAGUACUUGGAGUUACGAAAGAUGCUGGUGAUGAAGAUUUGAAAAAAGCUUAUAGAAAACUUGCCUUGAAAUUUCAUCCAGACAAAAACCAUGCACCUGGAGCAACGGAUGCCUUUAAAAAGAUUGGAAAUGCUUACGCUGUUUUAAGCAAUCCAGAAAAGCGAAAACAGUAUGACCUCACAGGCAAUGAAGAACAAGCUUGUAAUCAUCAAAACAAUGGCAGAUUUAAUUUUCACAGAGGCUGUGAAGCAGACAUAACUCCAGAGGACUUGUUUAAUAUAUUUUUUGGUGGUGGAUUUCCUUCAGGUAGUGUACAUUCAUUUUCAAAUGGACGAGCUGGUUAUAGCCAUCAACAUCAGCAUCGACACAGUAGACGUGAAAGAGAAGAGCGAGGAGAUGGAGGUUUUUCUGUGUUUAUCCAGCUGAUGCCCAUAAUUGUAUUGAUCCUCGUGUCAUUAUUAAGCCAAUUGAUGAUCUCUAAUCCUCCUUAUUCCUUAUAUCCCAGAACUGGGUCAGGUCAAACUAUUAAAAUGCGGACAGAAAACUUGGGUGUUGUUUAUUAUGUCAACAAGGACUUUAAAAAUGAAUAUAAAGGAAUGUUAUUACAAAAAGUAGAAAAAAAUGUGGAAGAAGAUUAUGUGACUAAUAUUCGAAAUAAUUGCUGGAAAGAAAGACAGCAAAAAACAGAUAUGCAAUAUGCAGCAAAAGUAUACCGUGAUGAUCGACUUCGAAAGAAAGCAGAUGCCUUGAGCAUGGACAACUGCAAAGAAUUGGAGCGACUCACCAGUCUUUAUAAAGGCGGAUGAACUGGAGUUUCUGUUUAUACCUUUUCGUGUACUCUUUCUUUUUUUCUGUAAGCAAGUUUAGUUUCAUCAUGAAAACUGAAGAAAAACAUUGGAUAUUAAAAAAAACUCAAUAGUUGGUUCCUGAAAUCUUGGACAGUAUAUGACCUAAUGGCGCCUUUAAAUAGUAAGAACUGAAAACUAAAAUUAACAUUUUAGUUAUGCUUCUGCAAUUAUUUUCAUGUUAAAAGCCUAUAUGAUUCCUAACUAAAAAUGUCUCAAGAAAGGAUUACCACACCUGUAGUAAUUUCCAGUUUUAGUGAUUCUUUAUUUUCUCCCAUGUCAUAAUAAAUAUUUAUAGAAUGAUCAUUUUGUGUACAUACAAGUUACUGCUUUUGUAUUUAAAUUCUUUUAUUGUUUGGCUCCAUGAGACACUUCAGUUUAAGUUCAUGGAACAGAGUUAUAUGACAAAUUACAUUUUUCUUGUUGUGUGUUGAAUAUGUGGAGUUUGAACAAUGACACUUUUCCAAAAAGAAAAAGAAACCGUUUAACUUUGUGUAAAAUCUUAUAGCAUUAUCAGCUUAGAGGGAAUGAUAUUUUUAAUAAUGCCAUUAUAUUCCAAAAUAUAUAUUGAGAUAAAUGAACUGGUGUAGAGUAUCAGUUUGCUGUUUAGUUUUAUGAAUUGCUGAGCCAUGCAUAGAAAAGAAAUGCUUUACUGAUAGAUUUUAAAGAAAAUAUGAGGAAAUGGCUAUAAAUAAUAAACUAAAAGGGUCUUCAUUGUACAUUGCAGUUAUGCCAUUUGCAAAUCUAGUAACUAAAAAGCCCCUGAAUGUUCAUUUAUAUGUCUUUAAAGGCUGCUAAAAUUUAUGAAAAAGAGGACCCACCUAAUUUUUCUCCCUUGGAAAUUUGCAACUUCAUAAUAAUCAUUUAAGCAGAAUCCAAAAGUAAAUGGGUUCUUCUGCAAAUAAAUAAUAAGAGAAAUUACUACUGAAAUACAGCUUUGUGCCUUUUAACCCUAUCGCCAACUCCUAAACUUAUUAAGUAGAUUAUAGUACACCUACUUGGUCAGAGCAUGAUCUGUUUGGCCACAUGCGCCAAUGAGCAGAAAUACAGCAGCAGGUAAGGUAGAAUAGUGACUUAUAGCAAGUCAUCCAUAAAAACUUCUGAGCUAAAAAUCUAUUCACCAUUGAGUCAUUCAAUUAAUCCUAUAGGAAUAAGCUCUUUGUAAUUAAAUCCAUAAUAUAAAUUAGAAAAAAACAAACAGCUGGAAAUUGAAGUUUUGAUGCUUGUUUACUGGGUAUGAAACUACGUGAUUUCUAUUCUCUUGUGUUUAGCAUUUGUAAUACUUUAAUGAUUAUGCUUCAGUUAAUGGAACAUGAUCCUAUCUUUGGUUGUUUUUUGGUGAGUGAGAGAAUGGUAGAUAGACUGUCUUUCUGUUCCUUUGUUUAAAGAUCUUUUUCUGAGUAUAAUUGAUUUAUGUCAAGUGUUGAAUCAAGUUGCUAAAAUUACCUUCUCUUAAAAAUAUUCUAUUAUAUCCCCUUUUCCGGGUCAGUCAUUAGGAAUGCCUUAUUGAGUUAGCAGGUUAAACUAAAUAACACGUUGUCCUAGGAAAAGUGGACAUCUUAACCAAUUUGCUAUUAGACAAUGUGACCUUUUGUUGGGAGGAAAAAAAGCAGUGCUUAAAAUACAAUUUAAAAUAUUUUCUUGAGCCUGUAGAAUAGUUUUUUUUAAAUAAGUUCAUAGCAUUCUAAUUAACUUUUUGCAAAUUCAUGUGUAUCAGAAAUUUUAUAAAGGUUUAAAUGAAAAAAUUUCACCUUUAUUUUUCCAGUUUAAUGGGAAAUUUACACUAUUGUGGUUGAUAACUUAUGUGAGCUAAACCCUCCUAUUGACUGAUUCUUUUCCUUUAAAUCCUGGAUUUCAAGGGAUAGAUGAAGUUAUCAAAUUAAGUAAAAUUGUUUAUCAUGAAGUCAUCCGUGGCUUUUUCACAGUAUUUCAGUUGCAUUGCCGCAUUCCAUUACAUUUCAUAAAAUGUUAGGGGAAAUGUGCUUGAUAUAGUAAAAUUUCCAACAAUUUUGGGAAAUGAUGAUUGCCUGAUAUUUUAAGUCACAUAAGUAAAAAAUUUGCAAAUAAAGAUAGGAUCCUUAAUGUUGUCUGUAACAUGGCAGAAAGGCCCACUAAAUAGCUUAGAAUUUUGGGUUAAUUUUACAAAGUAACAAGACCUUAGAUAUUUUGAGACAUCAGAUUUUCUUGUUUGCUCCUCUUAUAUAUAUAUUUAUAAUAAAAAUCUCAAUGUUUUGCCAUCUUAUUUUUAGUUACAAUUGCUUUGCAAUUUCAUUUGAUCAUUUUACUCACCAUCCAAAAGCCCUCAGUCAUUGACUUUAGUUUACUAGUGUCUAAUUGGUAUUUUAGGAGUUUGGCAGCAGUUAUUCAUUAAUGUUUUCCAUGUUUAUUUCUUGUGCAUGCGUACACAUGCACACACACACGCACACACACAUACACAAUGGGUAGGUAGAAAUAAGUACCUUUUUUUCUGGUUCUUUUGAUUCUUUAGUUCCCGGAUUGGUGCUAGUCAUAGGUAAGUUUCAGAAUUUAUUUUGAUGAAAUAAAAAGUUGGGUUUUCAACCAUAUGAAAUUUCAGGUUAUAAUCUUAUUUAAAAAUUAAAGAGAAAGUAAUAUAUUUUGGAAACAGAUUGCAUUGAAUGCCUAGAUAAAUUUGUUCAUUUGUGAUUUACAAAACUGCAGUAGAAAAGAGGAAAGUCCUUAAGGCCUGCAUUGGCCGUUGAAUUAAACUAGCAUCCUUUUUGUGUCAGCUCAGGUGUUUACAGGAACAAGAAUGUGGAAUGCCAGCCCUUUAUGUUAAUUGCAGUGUUUAUGCUUAGUUUUCCUUUCUGUUAAAUCUUCUGCUACACUAGUGUAGCAUUGCUAGUGUAAUGUAGUUAGAGACACUAUUAUUUGCUUUUGCUUAGUUGAUCUGUAAUAUUUUAAAGUACAGUUGUUAUUAACCUAUGACACACUCUUGUUACCUAAUGCAUUCCCA